CUGGACAACCCUCUUAAUAUAAGCGCUCAAGGAAUCUGGGAAUAUCUCAUUCAGCUGUUUGCAGCCGCAGAAUUACAGUUUAUCUAUACGCGUUAAACUUUCCACACAUAUUCAGCACUUGCAAUGGAUUUCAAAGAACUUGGAGGAGAGGAAAACUGUGAGGGAGACACAGAGGAUUUAGAUAGUGUGAAAGCGCUUACUGAAAAACUGAAAUUACAAACUCGCAGACCUUCAUAUUUUGAAUGGCAAGAGCGCUUACAGAGCCGUCCAUGGAAGGAAAACGCAGAUGAUCUUCAACAAGACUCUGCACAGAAAGUUACUCAUUUACCUGAAAUUAUACGCGAUGAGAACUCUGAACUAGUAGUGCGUAACAUAUGCGGCUUUGAUACAAUUGAUGAUGCUUUGGACUUUAUUAGGAAAGAACUGCGGGAGAUGCAGCUGCAGGACAACCGACUGGCCCGUCAGCUGAUCCGUCUGCGCGUGGAGAUACACCGUCUGAAAGUGGAGCAGAUUUGUCACCGGCACAAGGAGAUGCUGGAUGACGCCACUUAUGAGCUCGAGGAGUGUGGAGAGGAGUCGGACCUGCUGUGCGACAUCCCCAUGAAGGCCGCGUUUGCCCUGUCGACACCGCUCAAACACUUGGGCCUCACCAAGAUGAACAUCAACUCCCGACGCUUCUCUCUCUGCUAACAACUAAGUAGCCCUUUAAUUCCUGCAUCUGUUUGUGCAGGUUAUUGGCUUCACACUACUGCAGAUGUUGUUUCACAGCAUUUAGGGAAUAAUAGUUGGCAGAGCUCUUAGUCGGUAAUUAACCAUGGGAGGAAAUAUAGAUGACUGCUUUGAUCUGUGUUUGUGUUUUAUCAUGGCAUGAGACAUGCCAGGUGGGGACACACACCCAGCAAAGAAGUACCCUUUCCCCUCAUGCUCGGGGGCCCUUGUUUUGAAGUGUGGAUCUAAGUAGAUUGUGUAAGAUAGUUACAGAAAUAAAUGGCGGCAUAGAAGGAGUACAGUGACUCAGAGUCCAGUGUUCUAGGUAUUACGACUCAUCGGUAGGAUAGAAUCAGAACUUCUGGGGGACAGAGAUGCCUAGAGCAUCAUCAAGUAGUCUCAUGCUGUGUCUCUUCCAUGUCCUCUGUGAUGUCUUCAUAGGGAAUCCCACACCCAAGCCAGUACCUCAGACAGAUAGAAAUACAGACAUCUAAACACUGGGAAAGGAAAACUUCUUGUGGUAAAACAGCUCUCACCGAUGCAGAGAGCCACAGGGAAAAUGGGUCUGGCUGAGUCCCAGACACCAGUCCCACAGGAAACAUAGAGGGUCACGCUCCAGCAUUCUGACACCUCUUCUUCAUCAACCAAAAAUAACACUGACUUCUCCAGGGUCAGGACUGCAACGAUAGGGCCUAACAGAGGCUAUGACCUAUGCAAGUUCGCUAUGAGAUUUUGUUUCCAUUCCAUUGUCCAGAUGUUGUGCAGUACAGUGCUUAGUGUACAGCAGGACAGUCUCAAUGUAGUACUGAAUUCCAUAGACAGCACAGUGUUUCGGCACAUAAAUAGUAUAAGAUUAACAGGAUGUGUUUCUUACGUUAAAAUAUAUUAAUGCUUUCUGUUCUCAGGGAGAGAAGGUGAACAGAUAAAAUACUAGAUGGGUAAUACAAUUAUCUGUGUUACAGAUAAUAAAGUGAGUUUAUGUUUCUCUGUAUCUCCAAUGUGUGUGGGAAAUAAACAACCUCAGACAGACUGGUGUUUUGGGGGCAGUUGUAUAACAUUUAUAUUGUUAGGGGUUACACAUGUAAAGAUGUAAAAUAGUUUUGAUAAUAAUCAAAUGAAUUGGAGAAAGUGGA